GUUAACAGACAGCUCUCAGUCUGGGGCGAGCGCUUCAGUGAGCUUGGACCGAUGCUCGGGCAAUAGUCCCUGCGGCGGCAGCGGCGGCGGCGGCAGUAGUGGUGGCAGAAGAGAGGAAGGGGGAGGGUCCCGAGGGCUACACACGCUCACACUUUCAAGUUCCCUUGGAGGGAGAAGAGGUGCGGCUGCAGAAAGAGGAGGCCAGGAGCAGUUCCAUCCGUCCCGUCCCGUCUCCCCCUCUUACUCUUGCUCCCUGCACCCUGGCUCUGCGAGAGUUGAGGGUUCGGGUGGCAGUACGCGGCAGUGAGGGCAAGAGGGCCAGGAGAGUGGGCACCGGAGCCAGGGGUGCGGGAGAAGAUGCCCAUCCUGCUGUUCCUCAUAGACACGUCCGCCUCUAUGAACCAGCGCACUGACCUGGGCACCACCUAUUUGGACAUUGCCAAAGGCGCUGUGGAGUUAUUCUUGAAGCUGCGCGCCCGGGACCCGGCCAGCCGCGGAGACAGGUACAUGCUGGUCACCUACGACGAACCGCCGUACUGCAUCAAGGCUGGUUGGAAGGAAAAUCACGCAACAUUCAUGAGUGAACUAAAAAAUCUUCAGGCUUCUGGACUGACUACUCUUGGUCAGGCUCUAAGAUCCUCAUUUGAUUUGUUAAAUCUCAAUAGAUUAAUAUCUGGAAUAGACAAUUAUGGACAGGGGAGAAAUCCAUUUUUUUUAGAACCAUCUAUUUUAAUUACCAUCACAGAUGGAAACAAGUUAACAAGUACUGCUGGUGUUCAAGAAGAGCUUCAUCUGCCUUUGAAUUCUCCUCUGCCUGGAAGUGAACUAACCAAAGAACCUUUUCGUUGGGAUCAAAGGUUAUUUGCCCUGGUGUUGCGUUUGCCUGGAUUGGCUUCUACUGAACCAGAGCAGCUAGGGAGUGUACCAACUGAUGAAUCUGCCAUCACACAGAUGUGUGAGGUCACAGGAGGUCGCUCCUACUGUGUUAGAACACAGAGAAUGUUGAAUCAAUGUUUAGAAUCUUUAGUUCAAAAAGUUCAGAGUGGUGUAGUUAUUAACUUUGAAAAAACGGGACCAGAUCCACUUCCUAUUGGAGAAGAUGGACUUAUGGAUUCAUCCAGGCCAAGCAAUUCAUUUGCUGCUCAACCAUGGCAUAGCUGUCAUAAGCUCAUUUAUGUGCGACCUAACUCUAAGACUGGUGUUCCUGUUGGACAUUGGCCAAUUCCAGAAUCUUUUUGGCCAGAUCAGAAUUUACCUUCACUACCUCCACGAACAUCUCAUCCUGUUGUGAGGUUCUCCUGUGCAGAUUGUGAGCCAAUGGUAAUAGACAAACUUCCCUUUGACAAAUAUGAACUUGAACCUUCACCCUUAACUCAGUACAUCCUGGAACGAAAGUCUCCCCAUACCUGCUGGCAGGUAUUUGUUACUAGCAGUGGAAAAUACAAUGAACUUGGAUAUCCGUUUGGUUAUUUAAAAGCCAGUACGACUUUAACUUGUGUAAACCUCUUUGUGAUGCCGUACAACUACCCAGUUUUACUCCCUCUUUUAGAUGACUUGUUUAAAGUUCACAAGCUUAAGCCAAAUGUGAAGUGGCGACAGGCUUUUGACAGCUACUUAAAAACUCUGCCUCCAUACUACUUAUUACCAUUAAAGAAAGCACUAAGGAUGAUGGGAGCUCCAAAUCUGAUAUCAGAUAAUUUAGAUUGUGGACUUAGUUACAGUGUUAUCUCUUACCUUAAAAAACUCAGCCAACAGACCAAACUAGAGUCAGAACGAAUACUAGCAUCAGUGGGGAAGAAACCUCCCCAGGAAAUUGGAAUCAAAGUGAAAAAUCAUUCUGGAGGUGGAGUGUCCCUGACUCACAAUAAAAAUUUUAGAAAACUAUUGAAAGAAAUCAUAGGAGAAACAGCACCGAGACUGGCAGAAUUGAAUACCAAAGAAUUUGCCGGCUUCCAAGUAGGGCUCUUAAACAAGGAUUUGAAACCUCAGACAUAUAGAAAUGCUUAUGAUAUUCCACGUAGAGGUCUUUUAGACCAGUUAACCAGAAUGCGAUCCAAUCUGCUGAAAACACACAAGUUUAUUGUUGGACAAGAUGAAGAUUCCCUUCAUAGUGUUCCAGUCGCACAAAUGGGUAAUUAUCAGGAAUAUCUAAAGACAUUGGCUUCUCCACUUCGAGAGAUUGAUCCAGAUCAACCAAAAAGACUACAUACUUUUGGCAAUCCAUUUAAACAAGAUAAGAAGGGAAUGAUGAUUGAUGAAGCAGAUGAGUUUGUAACAGGGCCACAAAACAAAGUGAAACGUCCUGGAGAAGCCAGCAGUCCUCUGUCAUCUAAGAGAAGGCGGAGUAUGUCCCUGCUGUUGAGGAAACCACAAACACCACCUACUGUAACUAACCACGUGGGCGGAAAGGGACCACCCUCAGCCUCGUGGUUCCCAUCUUAUCCAAACCUCAUAAAACCCACCCUUGUACAUACAGAUGUUACUGUCACUCACGACGCUCAUGAGGAGAAGAUGGAAAAUGGUCAAAUCUCACCCGAUGGCUUCUUGUCAAAAUCUGCUGCCCCAGAGCUUAUGAAUAUGGCAGGAGAUAGUAUCCCAUCCGACCAAGUGGAUUCUCUGUCUGAUGAUUUCACUAGUCUCAGGAAAGAUGGCCUGAUGCACAAUCCUGGUAGUAAUGCACUCAUAGGAGGAACCAAGAACUGCAAUGUCUCUGUAGAGGAUCGAAAAGUGUCAGUAACAUCUGCUUUGGAAACUGGGCCAAAUACGUUGCAAAUAACUCCUGCUAUGGCACAAGGAAUCAAUGCUGAUAUAAAACACCAGUUAAUGAAGGAAGUUCGAAAAUUUGGACGAAAGUAUGAAAGAAUUUUCAUUUUGCUUGAAGGAGUGCAAGGACCUCUUGCAGUGAGGAAACAAUUCGUUGAAUUUACCAUCAAGGAAGCUGCAAGGUUCAAAAGACGAGUCUUAAUUCAGUACCUUGAGAAGAGACAUUACAAAGUGCACCUGAGGCUGCCUCAACCCCUGACAUUUGUUCUCGCAUGUGACGACAGAAAAUCUUCAGGUGGACUUGUGCAUUCUGUGCUUCAGAAGCACUAAAAGAAAAAAUAAUGUAUAUAUUUCCUUUAAUGUUUAUACAAAGGUUUAUAUGGAGCAGUAUUGUUAUGUCUGUAUUAAUUUGCAAAAAU